AUGUUUUUGACUAGAAGCGAAUACGAUCGUGGUGUGAGCACCUUUUCCCCAGAAGGGCGUCUUUUCCAAGUCGAAUACUCAUUAGAGGCAAUCAAAUUGGGUAGCACAGCCAUUGGUGUUGUGACGAAUGAGGGUAUUGUACUUGGUGUAGAGAAGCGUGUGACGUCAGCAUUGUUAGAGAGUGAUUCCAUCGAGAAAAUAGUGGAGGUAGACACGCAUAUUGGAUGUGCCAUGAGUGGUUUGACCGCAGAUGCAAGAUCUAUGCUUGAGCAUGCCAGAGUCAAUGCUGUAACACACGAAUUAUAUUACGACGAAAAAAUUACAGUAGAGUCCUUGACGCAAUCUGUUUGCGAUCUUGCGCUAAGGUUCGGUGAAGGUGCGUCUGGUGAAGAAAGACUAAUGUCGAGACCGUUCGGUGUGGCUCUAUUGAUAGGUGGAUACGACGAUGAGCAAGGGUUCCAAUUGUACCAUGCGGAACCAUCCGGAACUUUCUACCGUUAUAAUGCGAAGGCCAUUGGUUCCGGUUCUGAAGGUGCCCAAUCGGAACUACAAAACGAGUGGCACUCAUCCUUAACAUUGAAGGAAGCCGAAUCUCUAGUACUAAAAAUCUUAAAACAGGUCAUGGAAGAAAAACUUGAUGAGAACAACGCACAGUUGAGCAGUAUUACCAAAGAAGGGUUCAAAAUUUACAGCGAUGAGCAAACUGCAGAAAUCAUAAAAGAAGUAAAGGAAAAGGAGGCUGCGGAAGCUCAAGAAGCUGCAAGAGCAAAUACUCAAGGUUCAGAUGUAGAAAUGGAGGGGUAG